GCUGUUCCGUGUGCGAAUCUGGCUUCGAGGAGGUGAUGGAUCAUCUGGCAUGCAUAGCGUGUGGCCAGUCCAUUGCACAGCCGUAUCCCACGUUGGUGGGGGUUACCAAAGAUAGAGGGCUCCGGCGUGCAUCAGGAGGGCCCCUGCAGCCAUCCAGGUGCUCAGGUGUGCUGUCAUUGGGUGGACGAGUGACGCAAAGGCAGCGAGCUGCUGCUGCCGACCUGAAGGGGGUUGAGAGUUCAAGUCUUUCCAAGCAUGGAACUCAUGGCACCAUUGAGGCCCGGAGAUCAUUGCCACCACCCUUAAGCGCUUCUGUCUCUGUCAAAGACGACUUCCCUUCCUCCUCCUCCUCCUCCUCCUCCUCCUCCUCCUCCUCCUCCUCCGCCGCCGCCGCCGCCUCCGUCUCCGCCUCCGUCUCCGCCUCCGUCUCCGCCUCCGUCUCCGCCUCCCUCUCUUCAUCUUCCACGGCACGUUCGUUUCAUUCGAGGCCUGUUUGCUGUCGUGCUCGUGUAGAUCGACCUGGCGACAUGGUUGCCACUGAAUCCUUCCCUAUGUGUGCAAUGAAGCGCCCAGUUGAUCGGGGAAUUCGCCGGACUGCGGCUUUCUUGACGAUGCGGCUACUAGAAGAACGAGGAGUGCUCAGUAGAGCGCCCACGCAUAGAUGUGGCGUUUAUCAUCAAACCGCUGACCAGGGGGCUGUAGUCGGCAGGACAGAGAGGAGAUAUGCGGCCCCGGGAGGAGGUAGUGUCGUGAAGGAAGAGCGACGUCCCACUCUCAUAAGAAAGAGCAGAAGGCCAAAUCUGCGGGUUAGCGUGAAAGACAGAGAAGAGGAAAGGUUGAUGUUUGACAUGCCCAGACGGACCCAGGAAGACGAGGAAGAGGAUGCUGAACUGGAGCAGGAUGUGGGAUGGACAGGUGUUGAGGGAUUGGUCCGUGACGCUGAUCCAGCAUUCGUCCAAUGGUUAGAAAAUCUCGGCUAUCGGAUUGGUGGUGGCAAUGGUAAUCUACCAGAGCCACAAGCAAAGAUUUUGAACAUCAUGACAGUUGUGAUUUGUGCUAUUUUCUUCAUUUGGUGGUUGCUGCUCCUGAUCGGGUGCAAGAUAAUUGAAAUUCCAUUCGUUAAUUUACCUUUUGAUUUAAGGCAAUAACCAGGUUGGAGUUAAUUUCAUUAUUUCCCCCCUCGUUGACAGCUGUAUCCAUGUGGCAAUGCCGCAAUGGUAAG